GGCACUUGUUGCGUUCCAAACCGUCUGUGAGCUGAUGGUGGAGGAUUAUCAUUGAAUAAAACUUGAACCAUUAUUAUUUAUCCCUUCUCUGGAAAUUUGCCUAACUCAAAAAUAAUUACUGUUUUGCUUUAACGUUUAGCGAUAGUUCAGUUAAUCCCAUCUCUAAAAAAAUAAACCGUACACGCGCUUAAAGUUAUCCUUGGCUGAAUUUCACGCUCUCGCACGACACGUAACUCUAUCUAACGACAUUUUCCUUUUGUGUUGAAGUAAAGAUAUUCUUUGUGUAUCUUGCACUAUUUUUCAGUUGUCUUUCUGAGCAGGUUUUACAUUUCCAUAAGAGUCCCGCCUCUGUGUUUAUAGCGCGCUCUCGGACAGACGAGCGCACAAAGUGAAGCAGACUUCGCGGAGGACUCCACCUGUUUCAAAGGGCUACUGUGGCCAUGAACACCCUCCCUGAAAAAGGAUGACAUCUAAAUGUCAGUCUUCAGAUGUCCUCCAACAAAACCUGACCGCUGGAACCAUGAUGUGGGACUCGAACCUCUCCAAAUCUUCACAGGACAGCACGGGCAAGAGCGCCAGCUGUGGCACCGUGUCCGUGUUUUUCCCCAUCACUAUGAUGGUCACUGGAAUGGUCGGAAACACUCUCGCGAUGCUGCUGGUUUAUAGCGCAUACAGAAAAAAGGAAAAUAAAAGGAAGCAAUCGUUUCUCCUUUGCAUCGGCUCGUUGGCGUUAACUGAUCUUUUUGGCCAACUGCUCACAAGUCCGAUUGUCAUUUCGGUGUACAGAGCAGAACUGAAAUGGAAACGCGUGGACCCUUCGGGGAAUCUCUGCGCUUUCUUUGGGGUGUGCAUGACCACUUUUGGCUUGUGUCCUCUCUUUUUAGCCAGUGCCAUGGCCAUUGAGAGGACUUUGGCCAUUACUGCUCCUCAUUGGUACUCACACUACAUGAAAACCAACGUGACCAAGCAGGUUCUGGUCUUCAUCUGGUGCCUGGUUUUGCUAUUUGCCUUAUUGCCCAUUGCUGGGGUUGGAAAGUACACACUGCAGUGGCCAGGGACUUGGUGCUUCAUAAGUACAGGUGACAAGAACGUAACGGGAAAUACGUUUUUUGCCACGACAUUUGCAGCAUUGGGCAUAUUUUCCUUGCUGGUCACGUUGUCGUGUAAUGUUGUGACCAUCCGUGCUUUGGUUACACGUUGCAAAACGAAGGCAACCUCGACCCAGUCAUCCAAGCAAUGGGAGAGGUUAACAACAGAGACUGUUAUUCAGCUGAUGGGCAUUAUGUGUGUGCUGUUGACAUGCUGGUCACCUCUACUGAUCCUUAUGUUGAAGAUGAUCUCUACCCACACAUCCUCGCAUCAAUGCAAUUCUGCUGCUGUAUCUCUCUCACCCCAGGACUUACAGAUGGACUGUAACUUCUUUCUCACAGCCAUACGUCUGGCCUCGCUUAAUCAGAUUCUAGAUCCAUGGGUUUACCUGCUUCUAAGAGAGAUACUCCUGAGGAAGUUCUGCCAGGUGGCCAGCGCAGUAUCCAAGUGCUCACUGAACGCGCAGAAGGAAACGCAGUGUCCUCUAGGCGCCCUGGAUAAAAAGGCCAUUCAGAAUGAUAAUGUUCACAAACAGUCCCUAACCAUGGAGAACACUAACUUGAAUGGGGGAAAUGAGGACCAGUGACUUGAUAGUGGUAUAAAAACUGAACAAUUUUCCAAUGACCCACUGUUAGAAUAAUAAUGAACUGGACAUUUUCCAGAUGUAUUUGUGGAUUAUUGUAUUGAUAUAGGGUGAUGUCAGCAUGUUACCAUGCACACGUGUCACUCAUGUCGCUGUCACAGUCAACACAUUGAAAGAGAUUUUAUUCAUGGUUACUCAACAACCUUAAAAAUGAAACAAAAUGGCAAGACCUUGAAAUAAUUACAUUUGCAGGGUUCCCCACUGUCAUGGAAACAUUUGAAAGUUUCAUGCAUGUUACAAAUGGAAAUGAAUUGUUGUGUGGGAAUCCUGCAUGUACAACAGCAAUAUUAGCAAAUUAGAUUUGGAUAAACAAAAGCAAAAUAAUAAACUGAUGUUUUCCAGCUCCCAUGGAGAAUGAUUAUUUUAAACUAUAGCAAAAUCCUUUUAUUCACCUGCCAACUGCAAGAAGAAAUUGAAGGAAUAUUUCUUAGACUAAUUUAUGGUCUGUUAUUUGACAUUUCAGAGCAGUUUAUUGUACAGCAAAGCACUGAAUGGUCUCAAAUACAUUUCUCUAACUCAUCCUCAUGGCUCAAUUUAAAAUCUCUUGUAAACCCUAAACUUCUGUAGAUGUAUUGUGUGCAUUUCUCAAUGCCAAGUCUGCAGAGCCCAUUUUGAUGCUGAUAACCGUAACCGUGGGCGCAUUUAAUUGAAUUCCAUGCUUGAGUUUUUCAGUUGGAUUCCUGAGUAAAUGUAAAAGUGCAAACUAAUUCAGUAGUUUGGUGAGAUACUUUCUGACCUUGGAACUGUCCACUCGGAGUGUUCAUUUUAAUAGCCAAAUUUCGACACACCGAGUGCCUCAAGGUUCUGUAUCUUUUUAUGUGCAAUAUUUUUGAUCAUAUCAAUUGCCAUCAUAAACCAAAAGACUUUAAAAUUCAAAUAGAAGGCCAUUUCAACAGAGAAAUUGCUUUUUUUAUACCAGUUGUUGUCAGGAGGCCAUUAAAGCUUGUUCUGUUUUUAUCUUGCAUCCUUUUAGUAGUAAAUUAUGUAACAUUUGAGGUAGUUUGACUUGAGAAAUAUUUAAUGAGUGGUAUGACUGGUGACAGCGUGCAGUAAUUUUUGUUUGUUGAAUUUUAAUUGAACAUACAUAAAUUAUUGGCAAGGAUGAAUGAAAUAGUUCUUCUAAUUGGGCCCUUGAGUUGUACAUCUGUAAUUAUGCAUCUACCGUGUGUGACUGAACAUCAUCUUAGCAUAUUAUAUGUUUGCACGGUGCAGUUAUUGCUAUAGAGAAGACCCAUGGAUCAUCAAUUAUGCUAAACAGCAGGUUAUAUUCAUGGCACUCUGCAAAUACAUUUGUAAUUUAUUAUACAAUAUUAAAAGGAAAAGGCAAAUUGUAUUUAAAGAAUAAUUAUGAUCAGUAAUUUGUUAAAGGAAAAUAUUUUCAAAAUCUUUUUGUUUCAAACCAGCUUAAAUCCCCAUGACACUGGAAAUGUUUGUGCCAAUGAUUUUACACCCUGCCGAUUAAAAGAAAACGAGCAAGGAAGAUACAACACCAGUGUCUGGGAAAAAAGGGAGAGACAAUGUAAUGUAUUUUCCUAGAGGUCAGAGCUCUAUCAAAUCAGUCGAUGUGAAAAGGUGCCAUUACUAGUAAAUACAUUUGGAAGAUUGCAUAAGGGAGUAAGAGAUUGCUAGUUUUAUGUUUCCAACAAAAAAGAGGGUUUGCAAAUUCAAAUAAUAACCUCAGAGAAACAUCAGAGAAAACUGUGAUUUCUGAUCGCUCUGGAAAUUGUGUGGUAUUUGCAAAAGUGUAUAGUUGUCAGUGGGAACCGGAAUACUUUUGUAAAUGGAUUUAACAUUUGACAUAUGCUCUCAGUCAGUGAUUACGGAGUAAAAUGAAUGAUUCUGACAUGGGACUUAAUUUAUAGUGAAAUGAACGUGGCUCAGGCUGCACCGUCAGAUGCCUAGUUGUGCUCAACUUGCUGUUGUCUGCUUGGGUAGCUGCUGAAUAGGGCAAUGGAAAAUAGGAUGAUUGCAUAAUAUUUCAUUGUCAAAUUAAAAGUUCCAGUGUAUCCAUGACUACAAAAGCAGGUCUCCUGUCAGCUCAUUGUCAAAGCAUUUGAGCUGAUAAUGAACAUCUGACUUAUGGCCAUUCAGUGCUUUCAGUGUAUGAAUUAUGUGACAUUAUUAUUUACUCCACAGCGGCUCAAAGUCUACAAUAAAACUGUUCAGAGCAUUGUAUUAAUGUUGCCAAAGGCAUCUCAUCUGAGUUUCUUUCAUAUAGAAAGGUAUAUUCAUUAUAUUACUCUCAUCAUUUACUUGCCGUUAGAAAACCAUUUGGCUUUAUUUUUGAAGGAGAGCUUUCAAGGUUAAAGUGAAAGCAGCAUAAAUAAAAAAUAAAUAAAAUAAAAACAUCUGUUCAUCGCACAAAGCUAAUGUAUGUCUUCAGAGGAAAUAUAAUUAAUGAAAUUAUAGUCCCUUUUGAAGCUCCAGUCACUCUUCUUUGUAAUGUCAUGAAAAAAAAUGAAAAAAAAACAUCUAUUCAUACGUUUUCAACUGCUGCUGCUGUGUAGAGAUGGGAAAAAUGUACCCAUAAAUGUACCACAGGGAAAAGAAACUCAUAUGAGUUUGGAAUUGAUUCUUUCAUGUUAAUGCAAAGACUUUCAUAAUUUUUUUUUUUUUUUUUGUGUGUGUGUGUGCAAAGUGUCAGUACUUCUUUUGGCCAUUCUAAGUGGAACUACAGAACACCAGUGAUUUAUCUGUAAUCAUAAUCAUAAUUUAUAAUAUAUGUACAGGCAAUAAGAGUUGCCACAUAGUGUUUGCAUAUGAAGCCACCAGCAAAUCAUUUUAGAUCAUAACCCACCUGUGAAUGUCCUAAUGCCAGAUGCCAAAUCACGGAUGCUAUGAAGUGUGGCAAGUCUGCAUUACAAACAGCAGGUUUUCAUGAAUGUAUUUCAAGUUUUACAUUUAUUUAUGAUGUAAGACCAUGUGUUCAGCUCUGAGACUCCAUUCACAGCCAGAGCUGUCAUUAAGCUUGUAUCAACAGAUGGUCAUGGCGCUGCUUGUGUGUUUUUGAUAAGAAAUGUUUGCAUAUGCUUGCAACUGUUUGACGUGUCUACUAACUGCUCUGGUGUGCUUUCCUUGUAAUGGUGCUCAUUAUUCAAUCAUUAUUUGAUUCUGUGCUGCUUAUGUUUUCCAUUCACCGGGAUGGACUAUCUUUCAUGCCAUUAUCAUAAUUAAAUUAUGAAAAUAAUAAUGGAAAAGAA